AGUAUUUGGAUCGAUUGUAAAAGGUUUUCGAAUUGGGAUGAACUUACUUAUUUUGCUACACAAUGACGAGCAUCUCAUGUCGUUGCUAUCAAAAGUCCUGGACAUCCCGCAGCUUAGUGAGCAUAAUGCCCUUAGUGAGUUUCUUAGCCAGUUUGAAGCGGCUAUUGACAGUGACUUCCCCAAAUAUCAGGACCAUGAUGCAACAGAAGCCGAUGCUGAGACACUUUCUAUUUUGAUUGAGUUGUUUGUUGAGAAAGCUAGUCAAUGGUCUCAAGUAAUAUUUGCCCUAUGUUGCAUAGAUGUACUAAGAUCGUUUUCUGCCAUCGCAAUUGAUUCAAGUGGAUCUAUGUGCCGGCCUUCUAUUCUACCACAAUCUACUUCUAAUACGGUUUGCCAAAAUAGCAAAGGACCUAUACUGAAUAUUAAAGGAUUGUGGCAUCCAUUUGCUCUAAGAGAAAAUGGAGUUCCUGUCCCAAAUGAUAUGAUACUGGGAGAGGGUACAAAUGGCCAUCAUCCCCGGACUCUGCUGUUGACUGGACCAAACAUGGGGGGAAAAUCAACUCUCUUGCGUGCUGCCUGUCUAGCAGUUAUAUUGGCACAGCUUGGCUGCUAUGUGCCAAGUGAGAUGUGUGUGCUAUCAGUUGCUGACACUAUUUUCACGAGGCUUGGUGCAACUGAUCGGAUUAUGACCGGUGAAAGUAAGUUUCACAAUAGCCUUUUCCACUAAUUUCCUGGAUUUAGAGUCCCGGGUGCAAUUAGAUAUAAGUUGGAUUGGAUUCUGUUAUUUAAUGAUCCAAAUAAGUCACAAGCCAUGAGCCAAAGUGCCCUUUUUUUUGGGUUGAAGCCUAAGUGCCCUAAGAAGUCGUCUCUUGUAGCUAAAUUAGUUGUCUUGA